CCGCGGCCACGCCCCGGCCUAGGUGAUCGGCCCCGCCCAGGCCCAGAUUGUAAGAACAGUAAGUAAGUGUAUCCCAAAGAACAUCUUUCAAGAAAUACAGUCAUUGGGGGUGAUACUAGAUCCACAAUGGAGGUUCCCCCAGCAUCCAAGCUUGGUGAGACCUUUGUGUUUGAAGAUGGGUUAGAGAUGCAGCAAGAACUUUUCCCAGAGGAGGACCUGGGGGACUCAUUUCUUCAGGAAAGAGGUUUAGAGCAAAUGGCUGUUAUCUAUAAGGAGAUCCCUCUUGGGGAGCCAAAUGAGGAACAUGAAGAUUAUGAGGGGAAUUUCAGUCUGUGCUCAAGCCCUGUUCAGCAUCAGAGUCUCCCCCAAGUAAACAAACCUCAGGAUGAUGAAAUAUUUGGCCAAACCUUCCUCCAGAAAUCAGACCUUAGUAUGUGUCAGUUAAUCCAUGGUGGUGAAGAACCCAGUAAACAUGACUGUGACCGAAUAGGUAGGAGGGACUCAGGACCUAAUGAACCUCACAGAACUGCACAACCACCAAAACCCUAUGCAUGUCGGGAAUGUGGGAAGGCCUUCAGCCAGAGCUCACACCUUCUUAGACACCUGGUGAUCCACACUGGGGAGAAGCCCUACGAGUGCUGUGAGUGUGGGAAGGCCUUCAGCCAGAGCUCGCACCUUCUCAGGCAUCAGAUAAUCCACACCGGGGAGAAGCCCUAUGAAUGCCCAGAAUGUGGGAAAGCGUUUCGCCAGAGCUCGGCCCUCACACAACAUCAGAAAACCCACACUGGGAAGAGACCUUAUGAAUGUAGGGAAUGUGGGAAAGAUUUCAGUCGGAGCUCAAGUCUCAGAAAACAUGAGAGAAUUCAUACCGGAGAGAAACCUUAUCAGUGUAAGGAAUGUGGGAAAUCCUUCAAUCAGAGUUCGGGCCUGAGCCAGCAUCGGAAAAUCCACACCCUAAAGAAACCUCACGAAUGCGAUCUCUGCGGGAAGGCUUUUUGUCACAGGUCCCACCUCAUUCGGCACCAGAGGAUUCACACAGGGAAGAAACCGUACAAAUGUGAAGAGUGCGGGAAGGCCUUCAGCCAGAGCUCCAACCUCAUUGAGCAUCGGAAGACCCACACUGGGGAGAAGCCCUACAAAUGCCAUAAGUGUGGGAAAGCUUUCAGCCAGAGCUCCUCCCUCAUCGAGCACCAGCGGAUUCACACUGGGGAGAAGCCUUACGAAUGCGGCCAGUGCGGGAAGGCCUUCUGCCACAGCUCUGCGCUGAUUCAGCACCAGAGGAUCCACACCGGGAAGAAACCCUAUGCGUGCAACGAGUGUGGCAAAGCCUUCCGGCACAGGUCGGCCCUUAUUGAACAUUAUAAAACCCACACCCGAGAGAAACCCUAUGAGUGUAACAAAUGUGGCAAGUCCUUCAGGGGGAGCUCACACCUUAUUCGUCAUCAGAAAAUCCAUGCUGGGGAGAAGCUCUAGAAGGAGGAGCUCACUCCGAAGCUGGAAAGCCUUUCCCAGAUGGAGCCUGCACCCAGUCACUUUGGCUGCAAGGCCCUGCCCACCUUUCUGAUAACAGUGCUGAACCUAGGCGUUCCUGAACGCCCACAGCAGCAGCAAGGCCCCCUGGUGGCCAGGUGCCCCUUGAUCAGUAGGUUUACUGAAUGAAUGGGAGGGUUGGGGGCAUAGGAAGACCACCAGAAUGGCUGUGCACCUGCAAAGAGAGCAGGCCUUCUGUUCUCUUGUUCUCACAUUUGGCUUCGAAACCUUUAAGGUUUAGUGUUUCCCUCUAUUCCAGAAUCCAGGAGAAGAAUAAAUGUAAGGAGGGAGAAAGUUGAGUUGAAUCCAUGAAAAUGUCAGGUGAGAACUCUUUAACAUCAGGCUACCGUCUGGCACUUUUAGAAGAAGUAACAAUUCUCACAGUCCAAAUUAGCUGAAGAAAAACGAACACAAAAAGUAGAUACCUCAGCCACAAAAUGGAAUCUUCUGCCUGGCCUGGACAUUGAUGGAGACAACAAAACAGGAUACAGAAUAAAGAGAGUGCCUGGAAGGAUUAGUUCUGGGGCUGAGAGUGCAGGCGCGAGUCCCUCGUGUGGUCUUUCAGUCCUGUUCUGCAUAGAGUGAGGGUGGUCUCUAUCUCAGGAGAGCAGAGGUUUGGUCCUGCGGGGCAGAGGACAUUUGAUGUCCAGCUCUGACUCAGCCCG